GCGCGUGACGCAGAAGCGUACGCUAGUACGUGACGUCGCAAGGACGUACGCUCUGGAGCUCACAAGGGAAGAUGGCGGCUGUACCUUUGGAGGAGAGCGACUGAAAAGGGAGGAGGAAGGAGGCCAGGCAGGGAAACACUGCCAACUGUGAAGACGAACGCUUCGCUCGACAUUAGGAGGUCUGCUCAACGCCAGCGGUGUCCUAGAAGGAAAACAUCACCAUGGCCACAGAAAUUGGUUCUCCUCCUCGUUUUUUCCAUAUGCCAAGGUUCCAACACCAGGCACCUCGACAAUUGUUUUAUAAGCGACCUGAUUUUGCACAGCAGCAAGCAAUGCAACAGCUUACCUUUGACGGGAAACGGAUGAGAAAAGCUGUAAACCGGAAGACCAUAGAUUACAACCCAUCUGUAAUUAAGUAUUUGGAGAAUAGAAUAUGGCAAAGAGACCAGAGAGAUAUGCGGGCAAUUCAGCCUGAUGCAGGUUAUUAUAAUGAUUUGGUCCCACCUAUAGGAAUGUUGAAUAAUCCUAUGAAUGCAGUAACCACAAAGUUUGUUCGGACAUCAACAAAUAAAGUAAAAUGUCCAGUAUUUGUUGUAAGGUGGACUCCAGAGGGAAGACGAUUAGUCACUGGAGCUUCUAGUGGGGAGUUCACCUUGUGGAAUGGACUCACUUUCAAUUUUGAAACAAUAUUACAGGCUCAUGAUAGCCCAGUGAGAGCCAUGACUUGGUCACAUAAUGACAUGUGGAUGUUGACAGCAGACCACGGAGGAUAUGUGAAAUACUGGCAGUCGAACAUGAACAACGUCAAGAUGUUCCAGGCACAUAAGGAGGCGAUUAGAGAGGCCAGUUUCUCACCCACGGAUAAUAAAUUUGCUACAUGCUCUGAUGACGGCACUGUUAGAAUCUGGGACUUUCUUCGUUGCCAUGAGGAAAGGAUUCUUCGAGGAUGACAGAUGAUGAAUGCAAUCACUGACAUACAAGGAUCUCACUUGCAACCUGACUUCAUUAACAGUGCCAUUCCUCACCAACCAAGGUCAAGACUAAAUGCAUUGCUUUCAUGAGUCGCACGUGACCUCAGAUAUAAUCUGUGUAUCUUAUGGAAGUAAGAACUCUCUUAUGGAGAGUUGUGAGCUGGGUUCACAUUGUGCCCUGUGGAAGACUGAGCUCUGUGGUACAACAGUGUUGUUGGGUGAGAGGGAUGGAAAGGUAAAGAGAAAAUUGGGUGGGAUUAAUGCAACAUUUAUUUUUCUUGUAACUUCUGCCUACUGGAAAGAGAACACACCUUCAUUAAAAUGUUAAACAAUUAGAAGUAAAAGUCUUCCCUUUCUCUUUCUGAAUCUCCAGAGGUAAGCAUUGUUAACAUUGUUAAUAAUUUGGUGUGCAUCUUUCCAGAGUUGUUAUUCAUGUACAAAAAAAAUAUUUUUAACAUAUUACUGUAGAAAAGGAAUUAAACUAUACACAUUUCUUUGCUAUUUGUUUUUCUUACUACACAAUAUAUGUCUUGGUCAUUAUCGUCUUGUCUUCACUUGAUAAUGAUCUAUAGCAUGUGAUUGUCAUGAAUUAUUUAACCAUUCCUCAUAGGCAUUUAAAUGUAACUCUUAAGAGUUACAGGAUAUUUUUGCUAAGAGAAAGUUGUGUAUUAAGCUUCAUAGUGCCUUUAUUUUUGUUUGCACUUAGAUAAGUUUUCUUUUACAUUAGGUUUGUGAUAGUAGACUUCAAAUCAGUGAAUCAAAGGACUUUUGGAAAAUGAGUUGUCAGUGAUGUCCUAGAAGUCACUAAUUACAAAGUUUAAGAAAGUUACUUAUUUUUAAAAACUUUGACAGUAAAAUCAUUGACACCAUAGAAGGGAUAGAACUUGUGUGCAUGCGCAUGUGCACGUGUGCAAGUGUGUAUGUGUGUAUGUAUGAUAUGUUAUUGAUGAUUAAACCCAGACUCUUUGCAUUGAGCUACAUUCCCUCCCAAUCUACCCACCCACUUUAUGAAUUUUGAGAUGCUUUUUGUAAGUUGGUAAAUUGUCUGGUCUAGGCUCAGAUUUAUGAUCCUCUUGUUGUGGCCUCCUGGAGUGCUGGGAUUACAGAUGUGUGGCACCAUGCCUUGCUCUUUUGAGUUUUAUUUGUUCUGUGUUUACCAUCAGAAUUAUAAAUAUCUUACUGUAUCUGUUUGGUAUGGCAUAUCUUUUCUUUCCUAUCUUGAAAAGUGAGGAAUUUAAUGGUCUUUGCCACCAGUUAUGCACUUCUGGGUUUUUAUUAUGGUGAAUUGUAGUUGUUUAUAACUUUUAAGUGUGCUUAAAUCUAAUUCUUGUGGGCCACCAGUUAAUUUUAUGCAGGAUUCUUCCACUAAGUGUUGUUUUCUAAUUCUCUACUGUUUACCUCUUUAUCUUUCUUUACUUAUAUAUAGUCAUGGAUUUUUAGCCAUUUUUAUUGUUACUUAACUAUAGCUAUCUUCUAUUUUCCUAUUUAAAAAUUCUAAAAAAUAAAAAAGUGUAGCAUUUCUACUGUAUCACAGGAUUAAGUAAUGUGAUCAGGCCUUGGAGGAAGAAUGAUAAUCAUGUGACCAGAUGAAAGAAUGUUGUUAACAACACUUCUUUUAAAUCUGUCACUCUGGCAGCUAUUGAAGUAAUGCCAUGAUUUUUAGUUGGUUACAGUUUUUCUUCGAGUUACUCUCUUUUUCUUAGUGUCACUAAAACCUUUAUCCUGGCAACUGUUUUUUUUUAAUUUUACAAUUGGAAUGGAUUUUGAUUUUGUUUUUCAGUGCAUUCUUCAUGUUCUCCAACUUCCCAUAAUUUGGACUGUUUUCUGUGCUUAUGACUACUGUCAUACCAGAAUUUCAUGGUCUCUCAGUCAACUCAUUUUUUUCUGUUCAGUUGAAAAACAUAUUAUUUUUUCAGAACAGUGCAUGGGUAAUCAGUUUCAAAAUAUGUGUGUAUGGAAAGGUCUUCAAUUUGUCAUAACACUUAAACCUGACUUAUAAUUUGUCUGGGGUGUAUUCAUUCUUAGAUUCUUCAAGUCCUUUUCCCUCAGAACUUUGAAGGGCCUUAGUUAUCUUCCAUUGUUUUGCUGGUAAAAUGUUAGAUGUAAUUCUAGUUUUACUCAUUGAGUAUUCUUUAAGUGACCUUUUUCUCUAUUAAAAUUUUUUUUAAACUAUGGAUUUGCAGGUGUUUUUUUUUUUUUUCUUUUUUGUCUUUUUCCUUUUUAUCGGUGCUGGGGAUCAAACUCAUGACUGCCUGCUUGCGAGGCAGGCGCUUAUGCCGCUGAGCUAAAUCCCCAGCCUCUUGCAGGUGAUUUUUAAAAAUUUACUUAUUUUCAAGUUUAUGACAUGUUGGCUUUCUUUUUUUCCCCCUCCCAAAUCCAUGUUAUUUCAAGGGGAAGAAGAAGAAGGAAAAAAAAACCCUUCAACACAAAUUCAAAACACAUCAUUCAGGGGGCAACAGUGGGCCAUACAUUGUGCAUUGUCAUCCCCAAAUCAUUCACCCGGAGCAUAAAACGUCUGCAUUCAGUGGUCUGAACAGUAUCAGCACAAGUCUUUUCUCUUCAGCAACCUCAGAGAAAUCAGUAGUAUAACUAUCUUAACUUUCUUUAGUAUACAUUCACAUAUACAUACAUUGUUUCAGCUUCUGACACUACUGAGACAAUAUGUUUAUACAUGUGUAUUGUUUCAAUAAUAAGUAUGGUCUUGAGUUGCAUCCAUUUACCUAUGAAAGUCUCCAGUUUGUUCUCAUGGCUGUGUAGUACUCUACUGUAGAAAAAUACAUCUUUUCUAUCCAUUCCUUAGUCAGUGGGCAUUUAGGUUUUUUUCAAGUUCUGGCUAUUACAAAUUGUGUUGCCAUAAGCAUGGGUUCACGUACAUGACUGUGGUAUGAUAUUUGUAAUUCUUUUAGGAAGAUAGCAAUAGAGUAACUGGGUCAAGUGGGACCCCUGGUCCUAGUUUUUUGAGGAAUCUCCACACUGAUUUCCACAGUGGUUGCACCAGCCUGCAUUCCCACCAACAGCGGAGAAGGAUUCCUUUUCUCCCUCAGUACCUCCAGUAUUUGUUUUUGCUUGAUUUCUUCUUUCUUUUUUUUGUACUGGAGAUCAAACUCACAACCUCGCAUUUGCAAACAAGCACUUGUGCCACUUAGCUAAAUCCUCGGCCCUUAAUUUCUUAAUAAUAGCCAUUCUUUCUGGGGUGAGGUAGUACCUUGUUUAAAUUUGCAUACUUCGAAUGACUAGUUACGUUGAACAUUUUUUCACAUAUUUGUUUGCUGUUUGUAUUUCCUCAUCUGAGAAUUGUGUAUUCAGCUCAGAUGAUUGGAUCUUUAAAUGUGGGAGGACUGAUUUGUUUUUUUUUUUUUUUUUGGAGUUCUUUAUGUGGGUUGUUUUUUUUUGGGGGGGGUACCAGUAAAUGACCUUGUGCUUGCCAGGUAGGAGCUCAUGCCACUGGACUAAAUCCUCAGACUCCUUUGUGUGUUCUUGAUAGUAAUUCUUUGAGGAACACCUCGCCAACAUUUUCUCCCACAUGGGUUGUCUCUUCACUCUGUUGGUGGUUUCUCUUGCUGAGCAAAAGCUUUUCAGUAGGAUGAGAUUCCAAUUGUUGAUUCUUUGUGAUAGUUCCUAUGCAAUCUGGUUUUGUUCAUGAAGUCUUCGCUUGCACCUGUGUCUUCAAGAGUUUGCUUACUCCGUCAUCAGCAGAUUUAGUGUUUCUUGUAGGUGAUAUUUUAAACAACCUUGUUUUUUUUUUUUUUUUUUUUUUUUUGUGGGUACUGCAAGUCAAACUCAAGACCUUGCUCUUGCCGGGGAGGUGCUGCACCACUGAGCUAUAUCUCUGUCCCUGAAUGUAAUCUUUCUUUUUCUUUUUUGUCUUUUUUGAGACAGGGUCUCGCGCUGUGCAGUUCAGGCUGGCCUUGAGCUCACUUUGUAGCCCAGGCUGGUUUCAAACUCACAAUGAUCCUCCUGCCUCAGCCUCCCGAGUGCUGGGAUUACAGGCUUGAGCCACCACGCCCAGCUGAAAGUAAUCUUUCUUGACAUUCUUUAAUCUGCAGUCUUCACAUUUCUCUAUGUAUUUUGUGGAAUUCUCAGAACAUGAACAUUGGGUAUCUUGAUUCUGUUUGCCUUGUGUUAUUUUUUCUUUCUUAUUUUGUGUUUCUGUUGUUUAAGUAUUGCAAGGUUUCUGUUUUUAUCAUAGUGAUUACUAUUUAGCCUUCCUGCUCAUUUUGGUUUUUUUGCCUGACACCCAACUUUAUUUAUCAAUUGUGUUUCAUUUCUAGCAAUCUUAGUGAUUGGUCAUUUUGUUUUUCCUAACAAUAAGUUUUGUCUUUUGUUUUGUUUUUUGAGACAGUGUGUCAGGAUGCAGUUUAGGUUGGCCUUCAGCUCACUUUGUAGUUGAGGCUGGCCUCACGCUCGCAGUGUCAGCCUCUCAAGUACUGGAUUACAGGUGUGCGCCACCAUGUCCUACUGUCCCAAAGCCAUUUACCCUGAAUUUUUUUUCCCUCUGGUCUUUCUUUCCAGCUUAUUUGCCUGAAAUCUCUAGUGAUCCUUGUUUGGCCAAAUACUCGAUUUUUGUUUUUAGAUAAGGUCUUGCUGUGUAGUGCAGGCUUGGCCUUGGACUUGCUUACGUAGUCCAGGCUGGCCUCUUAACUCAGCACUGAUUCUCUUGCCUUAGCCUCCCAAGAGUUUAGAAUUACAGGUGUGUGACACCAUGCCUGGGCAGUGGCUAAAUAUUUGGUAAUUUUGUCUUGAUUAAUACAUGAAGUUCUUUAUUUCUUGUCUUUUUAUGCUUUGCAGUGUUCGUGUGUGUGUGCAUGCAUGUGUGUUUGGGAUUUUUUAAUUUUUGAGACAAGGUUGAAACUAUAGCUCAGUUUGACCUUGAACACAGCAUCUUCCUCCCUCUGGCUCCUGUGUGCCAGGGCUGUAGGUGAGCACUGUUAUGCCUGGCUUUAAUAUAUGCAUUUCUUGUUUUGGAUAGUAGACCUUCUGGAUUUGUUUACAGGUUGGUAGGGAAGGACAGUCUUUAGUAAAGAAGCAAUUGCUGCAAGGCCAACCUGGACUUCAUUGUGAGGCCCUGUUUCAAAACACACACACACACACACCAAAAAACAACUCGGCGUAUUAAAAUUUAAUUCUAUUUAAAUAUAUGACAGUCUGUGACAUUGCAGAAUAUAGAGGUAAAUAAUUAACUGAAAAAAAAAACCCACUUAAACUUAGUGUUUUUUCUGAAAGUUUUUUCCUGCCUAGAAAUGCAUUAACAGUUUUUUAAAACUGAGAAAAUGUAGAGUUACCAAAAUUUAUGCCGAAAAUAAUGAGGUGACUGGUAUCAUUAUCUUGAUUUUUGGGGGGGGGGUACCAGGCAUCGAACUCACAACCCCAUGCUUGCCAGGCACAUGCUUAUGCCACUGUGCUAAAUGUCUUGCCCCACCAUCUUGAUUUGGAGUUAGCAUUUUAGUCCAAUGGACUCUGUAGUCACAUCUAAAGUAUCUAUAAGUAUUAUUGUAUUUUGUUGUGUUAGUGAUGGAACCCAGUGUAUUAUCCAUAGUGAGCAAAAGCCUCACCACUGAGCUAUAAUCCCAAUUCCAUAUAUAUCUUAAUCACUAAAAAGAGUCAACAGUGAAGGGAAUGGUUGUCUCCCAUUUUAGGUUUCCCAGCCCUGAGAGGUGAAUGGUACUGCAUCAUGUCUUAAUACUUGAAUUGGAUGUUGGUAGUCCAAGCUCAAUCUCUUUUUUCAGUAGCCAUUUGAAAACUGAAAUAAGAGUCUCAGAGAAAUUUUGCUUUGAGGAUGUGCUCUCAAGUUAUUUUUUAAUCUUUUAUACUCUGUUCCUAGUGUUAAUAGCUCUUGUUGAAUUGUAAAAUCUUUAUGGAAUACCUGUCCCUAUAGUGAGCUCUUUCAGGGCAGAGUGUGGGUCAGAAUGAAAGGUUUUAUUCACUGCAUGUUCAGAAUGAAUGCUAGAACAAAGGAGUGAAUGGUGCCUACCUGUGGUCUCAGCUACUCAGGAGGUUGAGGCAAGAGGGUGACUUGAGCCCAGGAGCUCAAGACCAGACUGGGAAACACAGUUGAGACUUUGUCUCUGAAACCUAUAACUCUACAAUAACAAGAACUGGGCAAGAUGACAGUGCUUCAUUUAACUCUGGAAAUAACCCCAUAAUUGAGCAGUUUUUUUCAUGAAAUUUUUAAGGAUAAGUAAAGUACAUGAAGAUGUAACUAGUAAGUGAUGUCUGAGGAUUAACAUCUGGUGUACUCACAUUUUUUAUUAAUAGCGUGAGCAUGGGACCCUACCCAUUUGACUACACAUUAUGAGACAGUACCCAUUUGAAUUAAAUUAUAUUUAACACAUUCUUUGGUUGAUUCAAGUACAGCUGAUUUGACACUGUACUUUUGCUUCUGUUGGGCAAAGCUAAUUUCAUCCCUUGGUUACUCCCUUCUGUUAGAGGGAAUUAACAGUAGUUUGUGAGUGGAAGUAAACAUUCUCACAACUCACUCUUGCCGCUACUCAGCAGAGCAGAUGAAACAUAGUCUGUUUUAUCCAAGAACAGAAUUUGGACUUUCAAUACAGUUUUUACAGGUCUAAUUUUUGCUCUCUGGGCUUUUUGACAUUCAUUCAUUCAUUCAUUCAUUCAUUCAUUCAUUAAUAAAGUACAAGAAGAUGGCGGUUUUAAGCACCCAUCAAAAGAAACACAUAUUGUCUUAAUUAUUAAAUUUGCUUUAUUUGAUUUCCACAUUUCUAGAGUGGUUUUUCUCUUUUUGUAAUCUGUGAGUAACAAAAUAGUUGUUUUGAGACAGGGUCUCACUUUGUAGCUUACGCUUGUUUUUGAACUAAUAAUCUACCUUGCCUCAGCCUACUGAGUAUAUGAAAAAAAUUUUAAAUGUUCUUGUAUGGCUUUUAUUUCAUGCCUAUGUUUAUCAAACAAUACUUUGGCAGGAUAGGGAUGCUAGAUUCAGUGUGUCCCUCCCACCCCCACUUUAGCACUUUCCAAGAUUUUGUUGCCCUUUUUCCUUGCAUCCAGUGUAUUUAUGAGACUUAUAAUAUUUAUGACUAUCCUUGGAAUUUAACUGGUGUUUUCCUCGUAAUUAGACUUGAAGGCAUUGUUUUUUGGAAUGUAGAGCAUGGAGGUAAAGUUACAGUUUUAUACCAUGGUGUGUACUGUUGACUUGAGGUUAACUAUGCUACCUUGCUUGAAAUACUCUAUGUCAGGAUUCUGGAUUCUGCUCCCCCACCCAUACUUUGCUCUUGGGAAUGAACUCCUAAUUAAUUAUGUGCCACCUUCGACGUGGUGGUAUAGCUACAUAAGUUAUUUGAAAGUCUUACUCAUGGGAGACUUCAUUCUUAACCCCACUUACUCAGUUAUUUAUAUCAAUAUGGUCUAUACUUUUUUGUAAUUUGAUGAUGAUGUUGUUUUUGAGACACAGUCUCAUUGUGUAGUUCAGGCUAGCCUUGAGUUAACUAUGUAACCCAAGCUGGCCUCAAACUCAUAGCCAUCCUUUUGGCCUCAGCCUGCCAAUUCCUGGGGUUACAGGUGUUCGUCACCAUGCCCAAUUGGAACAUGGUUUUGAUAUAAUUGAAAUUAAUCAUCUUUCAUUUGAGAUUUUUUUUAGCUCUCUACUUUGAUCUUUGAAACAAAAAUGGUGAAAUUUAUUAAGAUCUAGUUGGAGAAGAAGAAAAAAGAUCCACUUGGAGUUUGUUAUCCAGCUUACUUAUUGACGGAAAAAUUCUUAGUAGUUGAAACUCAUACAGCCUGCUGGGGAUUGUGUGAAAAAUACUUGCCCUCAGUGGUAUUUAAGAGUUUAUGUGACUUCAUUCUGAUACAGCUACAUUUUUGUCGCUGCUGUUACUGUUCUUUCGAAACGUGAGUAGUAUUAGGAAGAGACAAGAUUAAAGGGAAUCACAUUUGCCAAAAAUGGAACUAUGCCCAAGAAGAUUCUGACAAAACAUUCAAAAUUCACUUAUUCUGUGAAUGAUUACUAUGGGGUUAAAUACUUUUAGUUUGGCUAGAAUUUUUUGUUCCUUUUGUGUACAUAAACUAAAAAAAUCUAUUGCCUGGCUAACUGAAAGUGAACCAGUGUAGUUUUUGAACUUGCUUUCAGAAGGUAGGCUUACGCUGGACGUGCUCAUCACAUCACUCGGAACAUCUGUUUCCUGGGCUCCACUGUUCGUUAUUAGAGGUUUCUUUUCAUUUUUGUCUUGGCCUGAUAGUGAUAGCUAUUGCUAAACUUCCUGGUAGUCUUGUUAUUGCCAGACUUCUAUCAGUCUUGUAAAUGUUUUUUUCUUUUGGUUUUGUACAUUUUGGUUUUUCAGAUAUCUACUGUAUACUUUUUUCUUCCCCUGUGUGUUGUUAUUGCAUCGUGAAUGUCUACAGAAGUUUUAUUAGAGAACAAUUGAUUAUUGAAUGACACAUAUACAUGCAUGCACACAUGCAAAGCCCAAUGCACCGUUUCUGCCAGUGGACUUCGUGUUGCUUUCUGGAUGUGUGUGGGAUACAAGUCUCUGCCAGCUCAGAUGAAUGGCUCAAGUGUGCCUGAUGAUCUGUGCCCAUAUCGUGGUUCUGGAAGAGUGCAACAACAGUGAAGUUGAAGAAUAUUUGGUUACAUUCCUUCCCUUUAAAUAUCUUUAAUGAAUACUCUAAAAUUGUCUAAGAAAAUGUAGUAAAAUUUUAAAAAGCUAGUAUGUUAAUUCCAGAUACUCUUGAGGCACUAGCAGGAGAACUGUAAAUUGGAGGUCAGCCUGGGCAAUUUAGCAAGGCCUUGUCUCAAAAUUUGAAAAGGGUGGGACAUGUGCCAAUUAUCACAAAGCAUUCAACAAAAUUGCUUCUUUCUGGAUAUUGUAACUGAACACUACAGAGAAUUGAUACACUAAAUACUCCCAGCCAAUGGUUUGGAAAAAUAAUACUGGUUUUUCUAUUUCACCAAUCAUUUCCUGACUCUGCAUUUCAUUCUUUAUUGUUGCAGUUUUACCCCUAAGUUCCAGCAAUGCUUACACUUGUGUAUUUUGAUUUGAAUCAGACAUAUAUUUCAUCAUAAAUUUGUAAAACUUUGUUUGCUUUGAUGCUGGAAGUAGUAGCGUAGUUACAUGGCAUUUAAUCAUUGGUUGUAUGCUUAAUUUGCAUUAAUGUCAGUCUUGGUCAUUUUUCCAUGUGAAUAUGUAAUUUGUACUUAGCCAUAGGAACCAUUUUACCUGCUUAUGCUAGUAAAUAUGUGGUUUAAAUAGGGAAUUGACCAGUUUAUGAUGCCUCUACCUUUGCAAUGAAGUUUGGGCUUCUCCAUUUGUGUAUUGGUUCCUCCUUUGGCACCAUACAUUUUUUGCAA